CAAGAUGGCGGGCGCCGCUUCGCAGGGCUUUUCCUCCGCCGCCGCCGUGGUCCGGAUCCAGAGCGACUGGGACCAAGUCCUGAGGAAGAACGAGGAAGAGGCUUGGCUGAGUUGCAGGAGCCCAGGAAAAGCAACUCUGUAUGGCACAUUGACCUGUCGGGGAAUCAACUCAGAUGGAAUUCCUGAAAUCACAGCCUCUGAAGGCUUCACUGUUAGCGAAAUAACAAAGAAAAGUGUGCUUGUUUCUUGUCCUCGUGAAAAGGCAUCCACCAGAUUCCUCGCACCUUAUACAUCCUUCUGCAGAAUCCAUCAAAAAAGUAUCACUUGCCUUGACAUUUCCAGUGGUGGCGGACUUGGGGUGUCAACCAGUGCUGAUGGGACUAUGAAAAUUUGGCAGGCUGCAAACGGGGAAAUAAGAAGGUGUUUGGAAGGCCACGUGUACGACGUGAACUGCUGCAGGUUUUUCCCAUCGGGCCUUGUGGUCCUGAGCGGAGGGAUGGACGCCCGGCUCAAGAUCUGGUCAGCGGAAGAUGGCAAGUGCGCUGCGACGUUUCAAGGCCACAAAGCAGGAAUCCUCGACUUGGCCGUUAUCGACCGUGGGAGGAAUGUGGUCUCCGGCUCUCGGGACGGCACUGCCCGCCUCUGGGACUGUGGGAAGUCAGCCUGCCUAGGCGUUGUGGUGAAUUGUGGCGCCCCAGUAAAUGGAAUUGCCGUGAAUGACGCCGACAACACCUUGAACCUGGGCUCACCUGAACAACCACCAAGUGAGCGCGAAGUUGGGACCGAAGGGAAACUCUUGCUUCUGGCCCGAGAAGACAAAAAGCUUCAAGGCGUGGGAUUGCAAAGCAGGCAACCGGUUUUUCUUUUCAUUGGCUCUGAUGCAUUCAACUGCUGCAUGUUCCUCUCUGGCAUCUACUUCCUGGGAGGGACUCAAGAUGGAAAUAUAUACCAACUGGAUGUGAGAAAUACCAGGGCUCCAGUUCGAAUUAUUCGUCGGUCGGGGGCCCCUGUCCUCUCCCUGAUGCCUUACAAAGAUGGAUUCAUUGCCAGCCAAGGGGACGGGACCUGUUUUAUCAUGCAGCAAGACCUCGAUCAUAUUGUUGAACUCACUGGACCAGAUUGUGACCCUGUAUAUAAGGUGGCCACCUGGGAGAAGCAGAUCUAUUCCUGCUGCCGAGACGGGACCGUAAGGAGAUACCAACUUUCAGAACUUUGAACAAAGAUAGAAACUAUUUCUGAACACUUUACCAAAUGCUGGGUGUAUUUUGAAAUUUCCAUGGUUUUGUACUGUAAAUACAACUGGAGGACACAUUUGUUUGGGGACCUCAUGAAGACACAAUGAUCCUGAAUCGAACAGCUAAUGAUCUUCAACACGAGCCACAACCCACAUUUAUUUGGGUUAUGGUCCAGUCUGCUUUUGCAGACAAUAUGUUGUUGGUCUCUCCUUGUUGUUUCUAAAAGGAGAAAGAAAAUCAAGGCGAGAAGACCUCCCAAAAAGAUGUUUUUAGUAUGUUUUGUCUACCUCUCGACUAGAAAGGAAACCAAUAAAAAAAAUUGUUUGAAAACAUCACGCCCUCCUAAACAGAAUGAUCCUUUUUUUCUGGUGCUUCUCAAUAAAUAUUGUUCUAGUUGUAAAUCUCCAUUCAAAAUAAAGCUGAUUUCAUCUUGAA